ACAAUCAUAAUUUUUAUUUUUUUUCCCCAUAUUUUAUUAUGAAGGGGGUGCCUUUGAUUUUUUUAUUUUUUUUUUCACAUUUAUUAAAUUAUUAUGUCACAAUUUUCAAAUAAAUAUUUUUCCAUUAUAUUAGGGGUCUAAAACCCCAAAAAAAAAUAUAACAAAUACAACUGGGCAAAGAAGGGGGAGGGUUUAGCUGUUUGAUUCCUGAGAGAAUGGGAAGCGAAGCCAAGAGCAAUGGCGGCAAUGGAGGUUUCAGGUCAAGAAUGGAGUACUACCUCUACAGUGGGGACAAGAAGCACGUCCUUGCGGGCAUUGCCAUCUUCAGCAUCGCCUUUGGGAUUCCAUGGUAUCUAAUGACCCGAGGAACAAAGCAAGAUUCUCAUCAAGAUUACAUGGACAGAGCUGAAAAAGCAAGGAGGGCAAGGCUUUCUACAAGUUCAUCAUCCGAUAAAAAUGAUAUUUGAAAGCUUGCCAUGAGGGGCAUAAUUUCUUCAAGAGACGAUUGUGAUGGUUAGAAGAUAUAUUGGCCCGUCUCUUUUUAAGAACUUGCACAACAGACUCGCUUCUCAUGAUCCACAAAUAAAUUUAUACAAGCACAUUUGCAGAUAAGCUUCUGUUUCUUGUGUUGUUUUUUGAGUUGUAUUACUGAAAUGUUUUCUGCGAGGUACUCAAAAUUGGUUUGGGAAGUAGAAAUUGCUUGAAAUUUUCCUAUAUGGGAAUUUGAUUUGACAAGUUGGCAGAUCAUUUUUUAGCAUGGCUGAUAUUAUUAUUAAUCAGAUGAUCCAAAUUAUUGGUGGUGA